AUGACGGACGCCGCAAUCACAACAGCUGUGCGAGAACAUGCUGCGACGUACAGUGCCGCGAUGCCGCCUGUCCUUCGCAGUGAAACAGCCACACCGUCUGUCUUGUCGAGGGCGGGAAAUUCGACGGCGGUGACGGCAACAACGGUAGGGCCCGUGGUGGCAGCAUGCGACUUUGGAUGGACCCCGUAUCACAAUAGAGACGCUGGCGCUCGUUUUUCGUUGACAGGCCGCCCUCUCGUCGGCCUCAGUGGUGGUACGCUCUACACGCGACAGAUGGAGGCGGCGCUGCUGCGUCGCGAGAUUGACCUCCGCGGUGAGUUUAACCGCCUACGCCAUGCGGAAGAGGAGCGCAUCCGCUGGAAGCAUCAGUGCGAGCGGGAGGCGAUGCACACCGAGGAGCGGCAGCGCAUGCUUGAGGCGGCCAAGAAAAUAGAGAUGGAGCGUGCGAGGCGCGCGGAGGAGCAACAGCAACGCCUCUUCGCGCAAGAAAAAGAGCUGGAGGAGUGGAAGCACGAGCGCGCCAAGGAGGCGGAGCAGGAGCGUCGCCGCUGCAUCGAAGAGGAAGAGCGGCAGCGCGAGCGGCAGCAUGAACGGGAGAUGCUGCGCAUGAGGGAGGAGGCGCAGUUGCGGCUGCAAUCACAGAAGACCGCAGAGGACUACAGCAAGUCCGUGGAGAAGUCGGUGCAUGAAGCCGCCGAGACGAUGAUGGAUCGCCUCCGCGGUGAGAUGCGGGAUCGUGAUGCGGAGUGGAGCAGCCGGCUGCAGCGGCUGAAGCAAGAACAUAACGAGGUGGUGGACGCUCUCCGCCAGGACAUGGGGCGCGAGCGGGAGCUCGUCGUCCGUGGGGAGGGGCAGCUCGCCGAGACACGGGCGCAGCUCAACAAGCUCCUCUCGAGUUUCGAGGAGUUGCGACGGCAGCGCGGCGGUGACGCAGAGAUUCGUGCCGCCGGGGCGUCGCUGACGGAGAUGCACCAAAAGACGGUUGAGCGGCUGCAGCGCACCUUUGAGGAGGACAAGCAGUAUAUGAAGCAGCGGUUCGAGGAGGAGCAGCAGCGUGUGCAAGGCGCACAUGAGCGGUGCCUCGCCGAGACGGAGGAGACACACCGCACACAAGUGCGGCGUCUGGAGGCGUCGCUCGACGAGCAGCAACGUCGGCUGCGUGAGAGCGAGGUGGAGGCGCAGCAAUUCAAGGCAAAGGUUGCUGCGCUAACAGCAACAAGCUCGGCAGAAGGGUCACGCGUGCGUGAAGAGCUUCGGGCGGCUCGAAAACAGUUGAGUGACGCCGCUGAUGCGCGGCAGCGUGCGGAGCGGCGAGCCACUGACUCUGAGCGCGGCGCUGACGAGGAGCGGAAGGCGCGACAGACACUGCAGAUGGAGCUCGAUGCCUUGACGACGCUGCACGAGACGGAGAUGCGCUCGCUGCGAGACGCCAAACAGGAGCUGACGGAGGAGCUGGCCAGCACGCGGGCUGCUCACGCUGAGGAGCUGCAGCAGCUUCGAAGGAAUUCGCGUAGCAGCGAGAGCGCGGCGUCGCGUGACGUGACAAAGGAGUUUGAAACGACAUUUCGUCAGAUAAACGAACGGCACGAGGAGACGAAGCGCACACUAGAGACAGAAAAGGCGCAGCUAUCGCGCCGCUUGAAGGAUAUGGAGCAACAGCACGAGGAUGCACAGCGGCGGGCGCAACAGGAUGCGAACAAGGCAGAGGAGUUGCGACGCGAAGUGGGGAGGCUGCAACAGCUGCAAGAAGGGAAGGAUCGCACGAUUACGGAACUGCGGGAGACGGUAGAGGAGCUCAAACGCGCAGAUGGUGCUAUCGCCGACGUGACGAGGCGCCACCGCGCAAAGGAGGAAGAAUGGGAGCAGCGGCGCCGCGAGCAUGAAGCGGCUCUGGAGGCAAAGGGUGGCGAGAUUCAAGAGCUCCGCCGUGAUCGAGACGAGGCUCGGCGGCGUCUUUCCACUCUGCAAGAUGAGUUGGCCGCCGCUCAGCGGGCGCGCGAGGAGGCAGAGGCCCGGGCGCAGCGCCGCAGCGAUGAGGCGGAGAUGAUGGAGCGACAACUGCGGCGGGAGGCAGAGGAGGCGAAGCAGUCCACGGAGUCGUGGAAAAAUCACUGCACGCAGCUGCAGAACCAGAGCGUGAUAGAGGUGCCAAAGAUACAGGCAGUGCUUCACGAGAAGGAGAAUGAGGUGCAGCAGCUACGUGGUACAGUGGAUGCACUGACGCGUGAACGGACAGCACUGGAGCAGCGGCUUCAAGAGGAGCGUGCAGCCGCUACCGCAAGGGAGCAACAGCUGCUUGAUGAGAAGUCGACGGUGGAGCGAUUGAGUGCGGAAAUGUCUACAUUGCGUGAACAACUGCGGACCCCCAUAAAAGCAUCCAUAGAGGCGACGCCACGACCCUUUUCAUCGGUGCUACCGCUAGAUAACGCCGCUCUUGCCUCGUUGCCGACUGGGAAUGCAACCACAGGCCCGCAAUUGGCACCUACUGUGACAGCACCAGGAAUCUCUACCGACAGCAACAACAAUAACAGGAGUCUAAAGCUGCCAGUGGUUGGAGAGGCACCCAGUCCCUCUAGAGAUCUCUCGGGAUUCUCAUUGCCAAACAGUUCUGCGCUGGGAAUUGGAGUUGCGCUUUCUCCUCCUGCUCGUUCCGCUAGCGCUGCUUCACCACGGGCUCACAUAUCAGCAUCGCCAUCCAACUCUGCGUCUACUCCAACACCUCUUCCUUACACACAACUCCCUUCGGGGGCGGCCUCAAGUACCUUCUUUCCACCUGGCCUACCAGUUCCAGUGCCAACUAAAUCGCCAAGCCCCCGUCAGUCCGUUUCUUUUGUCACACCGCAUGCCCCUGCUGUACAAUCACCGACGGUUGGCAGCGCGGCUCAGCUGCCAAAAACGAUUCCGGUGUCUCAGCCGGCUGUGGUUUCUGUCACUGUGCCCCGGGUGUCCUCAUCCUCGACACCGACCGUAGUUGCUCCGCCCCCCGCAGCGUCAUCUAGUAUUCCGCUAGGCGUAUCUAUACCGGUUCCUGUUCCUGUUACUGCGGCGUCAUCCAGGCCAAGCAUCAACACAUCAAUACCAGUUCCGGUUCCGUCGCCGGCUCAAACAUCAAGCGCGCGGCAGUCUGUUGCCGUUGCAGCACCUCCAGUGCCUACUGCGCCUUUAGCCGCUGCCGCUACUCUGACACCCACGUCAGGUGUGAGAAGUUCAGUCUCCGUUCAGAUUCCGGUGCCAGUGCCAAUUGUGUCGUCGAGCGGUAGCGGCCAAUCGCAGGCAUACGUUCCGGUCAGUACACCGACAGUUUCUAUGUAUGCACCUCCUAGUGUUUCUUCUCGUGCUGCCUCAGUUUCUGCCUCCGCCCAGGUGAUCUCGGCAACACCUGCGCAGAUGCCGCUUCCUUUGUCCAGCCACACAUCAGGAGAUAAUAGAACACGGAGUUUGUCAUGGGGUGUGGUGCCUGUUCCAGUGCCUGUGCCAAACGUUAUUCCAACCGCAAGAGGAUGA